AUGUCUAUUGAGUAUGAGGAGCCUGCAUUAGCGGGGAGUUACGAUGUUGUGGGCUCGUUUCCCAAAAGUUUUGGCUAUGGGGUGGAGGAGCAAGACAUGGAGGAGAGCUCCACAUCAGCUGACAAACCGAGGAUACUGCUGAUGGGGCUGAGGCGGAGUGGAAAGUCAUCUAUUCAGAAGGUUGUAUUCCACAAGAUGUCACCCAAUGAGACGCUUUUCCUCGAGAGCACCAACAAAAUCUACAAGGACGACAUCUCCAGCAGCUCCUUUGUCAACUUCCAGAUCUGGGACUUUCCUGGCCAGGUGGACUUCUUCGACCCCACGUUUGACAGUGAGAUGAUCUUCAAAGGAACCGGCGCUUUGAUCUUUGUCAUUGACGCUCAGGAUGACUACGUCGAGGCUCUCGGGCGGUUACAUCUUACCGUAUCUAGAGCUUACAAAGUGAAUCCAGACAUCAACUUUGAGGUGUUCAUCCAUAAAGUAGACGGUCUGUCAGAUGACCAUAAAAUAGAGACACAAAGAGACAUUCAUCAGAGGGCCAACGAUGAUCUGGCAGACGCCAGCCUGGAGAAGCUUCACCUUAGCUUCUACUUAACCAGUAUCUACGACCACUCCAUAUUCGAGGCCUUCAGUAAAGUCGUCCAGAAGCUCAUUCCUCAGUUGCCAACGUUGGAGAACCUUUUGAACAUUUUCAUAUCUCAUUCUGGGAUCGAGAAAGCCUUCCUGUUUGAUGUUGUUAGCAAGAUUUACAUCGCCACAGACAGCUCUCCUGUGGACAUGCAGUCCUACGAACUCUGCUGCGAUAUGAUAGACGUUGUCAUCGAUAUCUCCUGCAUUUACGGGCUAAUGGAGGACGGCAGUGGCUGUGCCUAUGACAAGGAGUCUAUGGCUAUCAUCAAGCUCAACAACACUACAGUGCUUUAUUUGAAAGAGGUCACAAAGUUCCUCGCUCUCGUCUGCAUCGUCAGAGAGGAAGGCUUUGAGAGGAAAGGUUUGAUAGAGUACAAUUUUCAUUGUUUCCGAAAAGCCAUCCACGAAGUGUUUGAAGUUGGCGCCUCACCACCAGACGUCAGCUCGUCCAGCAACAACCUGCCAGGCCUGCAGUAUGCCGCACUGAACGGAAGUGCUGUUUAAAGGAGGAAAAUGAGACAAGGGACAAGCGUAAUUCUUAGGUUUACCUGAAGUGCAGCGAGGCACAAUGUGGAGAAAUAAUAUGAAAGCACACACGUCUCCUGUCAAGCACAUGUUGCCUUACUGUGUGCGACUGAAUGUGAAUCAUUUAGAGAAGCUGAGCUGCAGCUGAUGAGCUGAACUCGGAGUGAUGAAAAUGUAGCCCUGGACUUCCUGCAGAGAGUUGAAGCCAGCAGAAUAAAUCUGAUCUACCUGGUUUGAGGAGAGGAGAAGAAAUGUUUUGUUCAGAAAUAUAUCUGUCCAGUAUUACAGUUGACAUAUGCCAAAAAAAAAAACUAAACAGUGGUUCCUACUUUCUGCACGAUAUUUAAAUGUCAAACAAUUCUGUCAGCUAUGUUUACCUUCUUGGCCAGUUAAUUCUGUGUACUCUGCAACAUAAAAAUGCUCGUGAAACCGACUUCUUAUCCAGUUUAAGUGCUUGUCGUCAAUCUGAUCAGUGUGUAAUUGACUCAUUGACUCAUCCUGAAAACUGUAUUUCCCAGGAACUACACUUUACACUUUACAACAGUACAAACUUCUCUCAUGUUCCUGCUCGUUUUACCUUGAAAUAUUGAGUGCUGUAAAUGGAUUUAAUCCCCAGUAUGAAAAAGAAAAGCACAGUGUUUGUUUUACAGUGUGUUUUCUGUUGAUAAUGACUCAUGCGACCAGCGACCGGCGCCCUGCUCAGGAUCUCCACAGACCAGAACAGUGCCAGUUAGACCAUUAGAGCCUUGGUUGAUCAACAUGUUGGUCUUAAUGGAGUCUGGAAAUAACUGAUGAUGCUUUUCACUCUUGACAACCUGCCACGCCUGCUGACAGUUGAUUUUUUUGCAGCUUUGACUUUUUGACCAAAUUUACACAGAGAUUCAGUUUGUAGCAGUUGUUUUGCUUUUUGAUGCGAGCGUUAAGUCUGACCUGAAUAAUAUUUCUGAUACCUUGAGGAUUUAGUUUUUAUUAUUGUACAUAAUUCUUUAAUAAAAUAUGUUUCAUAUU